AUGGAUAGAAAGUCUGCUAGAAUAAAAGCAGAGUUACAAAGAUAUGGUUGGAGAGUUUCGAAGAAUUUUAAAUAUAGGAAGGGAAGACCCAUAAAAGUCUAUGACAAAUUGUCUGGUCUUCGCUACGAAAUGGAUUUGGAAACAGCACGUGCCAAUUAUCCAAACAGACUAGAGAGGUUAGAAGAAGAACGUCUUAUGGACAUGCCUUUCGAUGUUAGUGAACCUCAAGUUGAAGGACACGACGGCUUUGCCAGAUUCUACUGGAAACAUGACGAACAAUUGCAUCCUUUGAGAAGGAAAAAAGGAAAAGGUGAAGACGCACAUGCUCCCAUGGAAAGAACAAGAUAUGCAUAUGAAAAGUAUCGUGAAGUUAGAAGUCAAAUUACAUCUGGUCGAACCUUUACAGUAAACUUUGACGAAGGAAAGAACAAAGAAGGCUUCAUGGGAGUACUUGCUGCAAUUCAAGACGGAAAUAAGAAAGGACACAAUCUCAGAUUGACCAUAACAGAUUUGGAUGGUCACAUUUACUAUGCACAUGGCAAUGAACAAACAGCCGCAAAACUUCUUGACGCUUUCAAGACUACAAAGAGAGAACAAAUGGUUGACUCCGACUCAGACAUUUUGAAUGCAAUUGAAGGAAUUGCAAGUGUCAAGUUCGAAUGGUACCAACCUAACCCUCAAGCAGUCAGACAACAUGCUGGAUACUUCCCCUUCAUAAAUAAGUCUGACAUUGACUUGACAAGGUAUGGAAUUUACAAUUCAAUUGAAACAAUUGUCAAUGAACCUUGCAUUCUUACAUGUCUCAGGAACUCUGGUCUUGUUACAGAU